CAUGCUCUCUCUUUCCCCUUCCCCAGUCAACCUUCUUUCUGUUUCCAUUCUCUUCCCCCUCUCUCUUGCUUUCUCUAAAAGUUAUCUGGUGAGAAAAGGAGAAGACAUUUGGAUGAUUUACUCUCUUCCAUCAGCGUCCUCUUGGGAAGACAUCAGUUGUGGCGUAUAGCAUCCAAUGGAAACAUUGUUCGGCCUACGUUUCAGGCGGAAAGCCUGUGAGCCAAACGUGCGCAGGCGCUCCAGUGUGUCACUUCCAGCGAGUAAAGCGCGCCGGCGCUCCAGCGUGGGCCUGCCCUCAGCUGGCCUGGCUCAUAGACGCAGGUCUAGCGUUCAGCUUCAAACCAGCAAUGUGCAGGCAGGUGUCAGAAGAGGACACUUCACUAGGAGGAGGUCGAGUGGUGCGACGGCCUGCCUGACCCCGCGGUUCGCUAUCCGACGAAGACAGGCUGCCAAACACCGCAGCAUUCACGCCCAGCUCCUGGGACCGUCACUGCUCCUGGCUAGUGUGGUGCAGAUGAGUGAAGACCAUGAAAGGGAGGAUAAGAGUGUAGAAGAAUACUCCUCUUUCUCUGAUAGUGAAUGUAGUCAAGAAGAGCACGAGCAAGCAGGGAUGUACUUGGAGACGGAGUCGGAUAAGUGUCUGACAUGGUUGGCUCAAGGUUUGUUGGCGGGAGAAAGCAUUCAGCCCCGCCCCCUCAUCCGUGCACCACGUUGCCUGCGGCGAAACUCCUCACACCUACUUCCUGCUGAGGCCGUUUUUCGAAGCCCAGCCUCUUCUGGGCUAUAUGGCCGUUACCGAAGGACCAGUCAGGCGCACAGGCUGUCCGAUGUGGGUGGAUUGUGGGCAGGGAGGCGAAAUUCUCUUGCAGCUCGAGGAUCAGUUGCACUGUACAGGACCAGCUCUCCUUGCUGGCCAGAUCUCAGUCUUUCACACACACUGCAGGGAACUUACUACAACCCACAGAUUGACACAUGGAACGGGUUCCUCUCGAAGGCCAUUGCCAAGUCCGGUCUCCAGCACCUCUCAUGCCAGCCCAGUGCUUUAGUGUUGGCCAGGGGGGAAACGGACAGAGAAAUCCGCAGCACAGUGGACUGGAGUGAAUCAGCUCUGUACGGAGAGCACAUCUGGUUCGAGACAAAUGUCUCUGGGGACUUCUGUUACGUCGGAGAACAGCACUGUUACGCCAAAUCUCUGCAAAAGUCUGUUGCACGGAAAAAAUGUGCUGCUUGCAAGAUCGUAGUUCACUCCAUCUGCAUUGAACAGUUGGAGAAGUUAUUGGAUUGGAAUGCUCCGCCUCAGCUUGAUGAAGUGCCUCUCAAAGACCCGUCAUUCAGAAUCAACUUCAGAUGUAAACCAUCUUUCAGGGAGUCAGGAUCGCGGAAUGUCAGAGAACCUGCAAUAGUGCGACACCACUGGGUCCAUCGGAGAAGACAAGAGGGCAAAUGCAAACAGUGUGGAAAGGGAUUUCAGCAGAAAUUUGCUUUUCACAGUAAAGAGAUUGUAGCCAUUAGCUGCUCCUGGUGCAAACAAGCAUAUCAUAAUAAGGUGACAUGCUUUAUGCUGCAGCAGAUAGAAGAACCGUGUUCAUUAGGAGCACACGCCGCCGUUAUAGUACCUCCUACCUGGAUCAUACGGGUUCGCCGACCUCAG